GCCGCCGUCAAGCUGCACGCGGAGCGACUGCUGGUGCGGCCGCUGGAGGGGCCGCUGAAGGUGCCCACGUUCGCCGCUGACAGCGUUUGCGGCCAGUUCACGGUGCCUGCUGCCCAUCACACCCCGGGCGUUGACGAUGCCGACAUGGUGCUCUACUUCGCCGCUGCGCCGGGCGGGGUGUGGGCGUUGCCGUGCGCCACGCUGGAUGACGGCCGCCCAAUCGUCGGCGCCGUGAACUUGGCGCCGGCAAAUUUGUUUCACGGACGCCUCGCCACCCGCAUCGCCGCGCACGAGAUCGCCCACGCGCUCGGCUUCUCCUACCAGCAGAUGGCUGCCCACCGCAUGGUGAGGAACGUGACCGGCGUGCGCGGCAGGAAGCUGUCGGUGGUGGUGAACUCGACGAAUGCCGCGAUGGCUGCGAGGGAGCACUACGACUGCGACGGCAUUCGGGGCAUGGAGCUGUACGACUUCAACGGGGACGGCUCGGCGCUGGAGUCGCACUGGUCGGAGCGCAACGCGAAGGACGAGCUGAUGGCCCCGCUCGGGGGCGCCGGCCUCUACACGGAGCUGACGCUGGGCGCCUUCGUCGACCUGGGCUUCUACAAGGCGAACUGGGCGGCGGCGGAGCCGAUGGCGUGGGGCAAGAGCUCGGGCUGCGAGCUGCUGAGGAAGAAGUGCGCCCAACUCAGUUUGUCGAACUACCCCAAAAUGUUCUGCAAUGAAAGCGAUUUCCACCUGCGCUGCACCUCGGACCGGUACUUCAGUGGUCGGUGCACAGGGAGCAUCAUGGAGCCGUCGCCAGGAGCGACACCGGACUCCUGCCCCGUCAUUGAGCCCGUGAUAAGCGUGAGGGAUCUUGCCACUGUCUUUAAGAAGGGGGCGCAUAAACCGGCGAGGCCUGGCGACCAGCCCUCCUCGUGGUGUCUGGGCACGGCUCCCACCACGGUGAAAGGUGCGACGGAUGAAGAAGAGGGCAAGCUCGUUGCCGCCGUGCACGCGGAGGUAAAGUGCCUUGGCGCUGAGGUGAAGCUGAAAAUGAAGAAGAGGGGAGGCUGGGUCGACUGGGAGCGGUGCACGUCUGGGGUGACGGUUCCGUGGGAGAUUCCGCCCUUCGACGCCGACAAAGUGAUGUGCCCCGAGUACGAUGAGGUGUGCACGAUAUCCGCCACCGGCGGCAGCGUCCUCACGGGGUUUAAAUGGGACGGCAAGGACAAGGAGUGGAAGAGAAAGGCCCCUGCGGAAGAGCCGGAGCCAGCCCCAGAGUCAGCGCCGCCAGUGGCUGGUACUGUUGGGGUUGGGCCCGCGAUCGCGCCGCCUCCCGAAGAAAACAGCGCCGGUGGCGGCGGAGGCACCGGCGGCAGCAGCGAGCCGGGCAGCGGUGUGCCGUCGACGGGGCAGGGGCUCCCCGCAGCGGACCCGGAGGGCGGGCAGGAGCCUGUGCCCGGGGAGGGCGGGGUUGCGGCGCCGGGGGCAAAGGACAGCGAGGGCGUGCCUCCCGAGAGCAGCCACGGCGGCGGCGGCGGUGUGAGUCCUCCGGCCGGGACACUGCCAGCGGGCGGGGGCGCAGCCGACAGGGCCGGUGACGGUGCUGCCACCCCCGCAGGGCCCAACGGCACUGGCGCGGCAGGCAAGAACGACGCCACGCCUCCGGCCCACGGCGAUGGCGCUGUGGCCGCUGCCGGCCCCUCUCUGUUUUUGCUUAUUGCCGCCGCCGCAGCAGCAGCGGCGCUUUGUUGA